CUCCAAGAAUCUGAUAAAAGGGGCAGGUUCCUUCAGCAAAACUUUCUCCAAGCCACCUCUACCUUUGCUAUUUGUACAAGAAGAAAGCCCAGCAAGGACCGUGAGUCAGAUGGCGGGUCCUCUGAAGGCCAUUGGAGUUGAUUUCCUCAGAGAACAUAACUCCCAUCUGCAUCACACCAAUGAUUACAAUAACUUGAGUCUGAUUGUGAGGCGUGGGGAGGGGUUUCAGUUGAAACUGACCUUUAGUAGAGAGCUCAAAGACCAGGAUAAAAUCACAAUACAGCUCAGAAUUGGUGAAAAUCCAAAGCAAUCGACAGGGACGCUUUUAUCCUUAAAUGCAAGAGCGGGUCAGGAGAUUAACCGCUGGCGUGCCACCAUCAGUCAAACAAAUGGGAAGCAGUGCCUGAUUGUUGUGACCAGCCCAGCAGAUGCCAUUGUUGGAAAAUACCAGUUGAGUGUGAAAACAGGGCCUAAUAUCUAUCAGCCUGAGAAGAGUUUUUUCUAUGUUUUGUUCAACCCAUGGUGUAAAGCUGACUCUGUUUUCAUGCCCGGUGAUGCUGAGAGAGCGGAGUACGUGCUCAAUGAUACUGGCUGUAUCUAUGUUGGAUCAACAAAAAAUGUACAAGGAAGACCUUGGAAUUUUGGGCAGUUUGAAGAAGAUGUCUUGGACUGCUGCAUGUACCUUCUCGACAAAAGCCAGAUCAAGCAGAACGUGAGAAAGGACCCUGUUGUGAUUGCCAGAAGCAUGUCCGCUUUGGUUAAUGCCAAUGAUGAUGCAGGAGUUCUUUUUGGGAACUGGUCAGGACGCUACGCUGGUGGGACUUCCCCACUGGCCUGGACUGGAAGUGCCCCAAUUCUGCAGCAGUAUUACAAAAACAAACGAACUGUCAACUUUGGUCAGUGUUGGGUUUUCUCUGGAGUGCUUACUACAGUCAUGCGAUGUCUUGGGAUCCCAUCCAGAAGCGUGAGCAACUUUGCUUCCGCUCAUGAUACAGAGGAAAACUUGAAGGUUGAUAUCUAUUUGAAUGAAAAGAGCGAAAAAAUAGAGGAAUUAACAACAGACUCUAUCUGGAACUUCCAUGUCUGGAAUGAGGCCUGGAUGAAAAGGCCAGACUUGCCCAAAGGCUUUGAUGGUUGGCAGGCAAUCGAUGCCACACCUCAAGAACAGAGCCAAGGAAUUUACCAGUGUGGGCCCUGUCCAGUAACUGCAAUCAAAAAGGGAGAAGUCUAUCUUCCUCAUGACUCCAAGUUUGUGUUUGCUGAAGUGAAUGCAGACAGGGUCUUUUGGCUUGUAAAGAAUGUGGAUGGAGAAAUGAAGUAUGACAAGUUGCGUGAAGAUACCAAAGUCAUUGGGAAGAGCAUCAGCACCAAAGCAGUUGGGCAGGACACCCGUGAAGACAUCACUCUUCAAUACAAAUUCCCAGAAGAUUCUCCAGAGGAAAGGAAAGCGGUACAAACUGCUUGCUCUUACCUAAACUCUACCAAUCUGGGUGUCUGUGAAAUAAAACCUCCCUCUGAGCCUCUUAAGGCUAACCUCCAGCUUGGGAUGGAAGGCGAGACAACCUUGUGGCCAGGGAAUCCCAUUGAUCUGAAUAUUGUCGUAAAGAAUGAAUCUGCAGGCGCCUGGACUGUCGACCUCACUGCCUGUUGUCAAAUGGAAUCCUACAUUGGAAAAGUCGAGGCCAGCCUUGCAAACAUCAAGCAGACAGUCCAAACAGAAGGCAAGACAGUUAUUCAGAUCCCUCUGAGAAUAGCACCUGAGACUUACAUAAAAACUAUGAUGGCGGUAGAGGAUGAACUUUUGGUCAAAAUCAAUAUUAUUGCGGAGAUUCGAGAAACCAACGAGAAGCUCACUGAAGAGCUGACUUUAACCUUCCAAUACCCACCUCUCAGAGUGGAGAUGCCAGAAACUGCAAAGAUUAAUGAAGAUUUUAAGUGUGCGUUUGUUUUCAAGAACACACUGUCCAUUCCCCUGGAAAACUGCAAACUGCACGUAGAAGGCUUGGGCUUCUUCAGAAUGGAAACAUUUGAUCAAGGGGACGUGGCUCCUGGCGACAUCUUUAAAUCCAAAAUCAUAUGUACUCCAAGGAAAACAGGGAUCAAAAAGAUAGUGGCCAAACUCAACUCGACCCAAGUGAAAGGGAUAACCGUGGAAAAACUUAUUACCAUCACGGGAUAGAGGCAAUCCCCAAAUCCAACAUGUGGUGGCAGUCAGAGGCUGCCACAGAGCCUUAUUGACACUGCUAGAAGCUUUGAUGGCAAGAGAGAAACGCUAAGAGAAUUUAAGUAGCUUAAGGGUGUAGCUGUUUUGAUUCUAGCAAAUGGGGAUUUAAUAGAGAUUAUUCAAAUCUGCUCUUACACGUGUAUAGAUUUGGCAGUUUAAGAUGAGUAAGAAUUUGGAGUGGACAUAAUAUCUGCGGCUUCGGUGUGAGGGACCAGCAUUGUUUUCCUUCAGCAAACAAUUUAAGGCUUUGUGUGAGGCUAAUGACAUUUGCUCCUUCACGUGCUUUUGGUUGAUGUAAUGGUGGCUUUGCCAGCAGCUAAUUCUGCUGUUAGCAUUUGGUUCCCCAGCAUAAUGUGUAGCUGUGUGUAGCCUACUUUACUUUAUUUGGUGCAUUAUGUUCUUAAGUUGGCUAGGAGACAUUUAUAUUCUGUGAUAACAAGUACAGCUUUAGAAAUUAAAUGCCAAAUUUAAGAAGAAA